AUGGACGUGGACGUGGACGUGGACAUGGACAUGGACGUGGACGUGGACGUGGACGUGGACGUGGACAUGGACGUGGACGUGGACGUGGACGUGGACAUGGACGUGGACAUGGACGUGGACGUGGACGUGGACAUGGACGUGGACGUGGACGUGGACGUGGACGUGGACAUGGACAUGGACGUGGACAUGGACGUGGACGUGGACAUGGACGUGGACGUGGACGUGGACGUGGACGUGGACCUGGACGUGGACCUGGACGUGGACGUGGACAUGGACAUGGACGUGGACGUGGACGUGGACGUGGACGUGGACGUGGGACUGGACGUGGACAUGGACGUGGACGUGGACGUGGACGUGGACGUGGACGUGGACGUGGACGUGGACGUGGACAUGGACGUGGACGUGGACGUGGACGUGGACGUGGACGUGGACGUGGACGUGGACGUGGACGUGGACGUGGACGUGGACGUGGACGUGGACGUGGACGUGGACGUGGACAUGGACGUGGACGUGGACGUGGACGUGUACGUGGACAUGGACAUGGACUUGGACGUGGACGUGGACGUGGACAUGGACGUGGACGUGGACAUGGACGUGGACGUGGACGUGGACUUGGACGUGGACGUGGACGUGGACGUGGACGUGGACGUGGACGUGGACGUGGACGUGGACAUGGACGUGGACGUGGACGUGGACAUGGACGUGAACGUGGACGUGGACAUGGACGUGGACGUGGACGUGGACAUGGACGUGGACAUGGACGUGGACGUGGACGUGGACGUGGACGUGGACGUGGACAUGGACGUGGACGUGGACGUGACGUGGACAUGGACAUGGACGUGGACGUGGGUGGACGUGGACGUGGACAUGGACGUGGACAUGGACGUGGACGUGGACGUGGACAUGGACGUGGACAUGGACGUGGACGUGGACGUGGACGUGGCGUGGACGUGGACGUGGACAUGGACGUGGACGUGGACGUGGACGUGGACGUGGACGUGGACAUGGACAUGGACGUGGACGUGGACGUGGACGUGGACGUGGACAUGGACGUGGACGUGGACGUGGACGUGGACGUGA